AUUAAAAUUCUCCAAAUUGCAUCAAAAUCGCAGACUUUGUCGGAGUAAAUUAAUUCACCAAAUAAAUAAUGUUCCUUGUAGGUUUGACCGGAGGCAUUUCCACGGGAAAAAGCACAAUUUCCAAGCUCUUUCGCGACAACGGAGUGCCCGUAAUCGAUGCUGAUAUCAUUGCAAGACAAGUCGUUGAGCCCGGAAAAAAGGCCUGGAAAAAGAUAAAAAAGGAAUUCGGCGACGGAGUUUUCAAAGAAAAUGGAGAAUUGGAUCGUGAUGCGUUGGGAAAACUAAUUUUUGAUGAUAUCGAGAAACGGCGGAAGUUGAACGACAUCACGCAUCCCGAAAUUCAUUGUACCAUUUACAAGGAAGUUGUCAGAUAUUUCUUCUUAGGACACAAUUUUAUCGUGCUAGACCUGCCAUUGCUCUUCGAAACGGGAGUUAUGCUCAAUUAUUUGCACAAAAUUAUCACCGUUACAUGCGAAGAGGACAUCCAACUCACAAGACUGAUGGACCGCAACAAGUUAUCCGAAUCAGAUGCCAAGAAACGCAUCGCAUCCCAGAUGCCGCUGGAACGAAAAUGCGAACAAAGCAACUUUGUCAUCGAGAAUUCCGGCAGUACGAAAGACGCCGAAGAGCAAUUUUACAAAAUUUUGAAUAUCUUGUCGGAAAGCAAUCAGCAUUGGAAGAUUCGUGGAAUUCUUCUCGCAACUACCGCUUUACUUUUUAGCGGAAUCGCAUGGCUGUUGAACUACAAAUACAAGUUUUUGGGCGCCGCAAGUCAAACGUCGUAAAUGCAGCACAAAAAUUUAUUCCAAAAUUAUUCCCCCAAUUUAUUUUAUUUUUUUGAAUAGGGUUUAAGAAGCUUUUUUUUGUUUAUUGAAGUUUUUUGAUAGUCAGUUAAGUGCCAGAAAUGAAAUGAGGCAAGGUGCAUUUAUAUAUGGAGUUUAAUAGAUUUUUAGGUUUAGCAUUUGUUGUUUUUCUUCUGCUUUUACAAUUAUUUAAGGAUCGCACGAAUCAGACCUCAAAAUUUUUCGUACUAUAAAAAUAAAAAUUUUUGACGGCAA